AUUCCGAAUUCCGUUCCUCCGAAAGAUAACUCAGCACGUUGCUCGCAGCCUGAACGGCUCUCUGUCCUGCUUGUGAAUUGUCGCAGCAUAAGGAACAAAGUCGAUAACUUCAUGUCUUUAGUAGCCACUGUUAAACCUCAGAUUGUGAUGGGCACCGAAUCAUGGUUAAACAAGGAUAUACCUGAUGUAGAAAUCUUUCCGCCUGGUUUUACUGUCUAUCGGAAAGAUAGGCAUGGACAAGGCGGGGGAGUAUUCCUUUUGAUAUCAAAUGCAUUGUCAAGUACACAAAUUUUAUUUGAAAACGAUUCUGAGUCUGUCUGGUGCCUUGUGAAAUUGCCUAACGGAAACAAUGUAGUCUACGGGACAUUCUACCGUCCACCCGGCAGCAGCGGCUCAUUCGGAUUGCUGUCUGAGAUGCUCUCUCUCCUGCCUAAUAGCGUACUUCUAGGGGGGGAUUUCAAUUUGCCUGACUUCAACUGGAAUGCUGGAUGUGUGGCUGGCAAUAGGUCCCGUAUUUACACAGAGUUCGAAGAACUGCUCGGAUUAAAUGGAUUGCAGCAGUACGUACUGCAACCUACGCGAGAAAAUGCAAUUCUAGACUUAGUACUUUGCAAUGAGCCGAACAUAAUAUCAAAAGUUACUGUUUGCCCAGGUAUUAGUGACCACAGGGCAGUUGUCAUAGAGCUUAACAUACAGCGAGUACGGAUGGCGCAAAUUCCGCAAAGAAAAGUGUACAGCUACGACAGAGGAGACUAUGCUGCUAUCAGGACCGAACUUGAAAAUUUCUUUCCUACUUUCCAAUAUAUGUCAAAUGCACGCUGUCCGUUAACUUUGUGGUCAGCAUUUCGGGACAAAAUACUUGAACUAGUCGAAAGUCAUGUUCCAUGCAGGUACCUGCGGCAACGAAAAAAACAAAAACCUUGGUUUAACGUAGAAAUACGUAAACUUGUAAGGAAAGCAAGACAAACGUAUAAAACAUUUUCUGCCGACACCAGUCUGGCAAAUCAGAAACGCUUGCAAGAGAUAAAUAAGCUAUUGAAAGCAACAAUUAAAGCUGCCAAAGAUACCUUCUUUGUUAAAUUAAACAAGGACUUGAGAGAAAACCCAAAAUCUUUUUGGAAAUAUGUAAAACAAAAUGGAAAAGAAGACAUAUCGAUACCAUCUUUAACUGUUGACGGCAAAACCGUGACGUCGGACUAUCAGAGGGCGGAAUGCUUCAACAACACGGAUUCCGAAAAGGCUAUUCCUGCAACACACAACUAA